AUGAAUCCAUACAUAACGGACCCAAACCAAAUUCCCCCUUCUGACCUAUAUGCGGACUUGCCGCUUUACGGUCGGUAUUCUCCCAAACCGGAUGACUUUCGCAUUGAUAUGAAAUAUGUCAACUCUCAGUCCCCAAACUCAUUACAAUAUUGGGCUUCAGUACUUGAUCUUUGCAACGAAUCUGUGAGAAUCUACCCGGGCGAGGAGGCGGGUGGUCGCGACGUGUUCGCUGUUGGGAGCAUCAUUAUCAAGUCGAGCCAUCUGCAUAUGCAAGAGAGUGCAGAUUAUUCAGAGAUUGGAUACUUAUAUGCUGAUGUUAAUGAAGUCCAAGCUAUUACUAUCGCGAAGAACGUCCUAAAACACGUUAAAGUGCCUGACAUUUACUUUAGCGGCAAGAUCAAUGGUCACCAGGUGUUAGUCCAGGAAAGACUCCCAGGUGUUGCAUUGACCGUUGCAUGGCCGUAUCUAUCGCAAGUUCAAAAAGAGUCCUUCAGACAACAAGCGCAGGCGAUACUUCGACAGCUGCACUCCAUUAAGCCUGCAGAUAUAUGCCAAACCCGCUCCUACAUCGUGGCUGAUCCUGGAAUUCUCACCAAUGGCCGUAUCCAACCCCUAGAAUACGAUAUUCUGUUCUCGGAUACCAAUACCGACCCAGACAUGAGCUUCAUGCACAACGACUUUAUCGAGUCCAACUGUAUAGUUAAUAAUGACAAGAUCGUGGGGCUCAUUGAUUGGGAAAUGGCUGGCUUCUUUGGCUGGAACACAGCUCGGGAGGUCCAUCGUACGGCUAGACCGAAUGAUAAGUCAUGUUGGCAAGAUCUCUAUGAGCAAGAUGCCCCUAAGUCUUAG